GUUGUUUAUCUGUUAAAAGGAGGGAGGAGAAGGAACAUAACAGAAGCCAAAAAGAGCCAUUGCCUCUCCCCAAUUUAUUAUUAAAAAACAGAUGUAGGGAGCACAAUAAAGGCAAAGCUUAAUCCAUUGGGGUUUUUUUUCAGUGGGGCUCUUGUAUGCCCCAGAGCUUGCCCUCCACGGAAGCAGAAGCAGGAAACGAAACACCUUGGCACUAACAGAAAUCAGAAAACGAAACCAAGGCUGUUGUUUUGUCCAGGGAGAGGCCACCAUGGCAGCUGGAACCCCCGAGAAGGAGCUCGGCGAAGAAGUGACUUGCUCCAUCUGCCUGGAGUACUUCAAAGAUCCAGUGACUACAAACUGCGGGCACAAUUUCUGCCGAGCCUGCCUCAGAGAGUGGCUGGAGAACCCUUUUUGCCCUCAGUGCAGAGCAGCCUUGAAGCCACGGCAAUUCAAGCCAAACAGGAAACUGGCAAAUGUGGUCGAAAUAAUCAGGAAAAUUGAGGAGCGGAAAAAUGCUGAGCUGUGUAAGGGGGACCAGGAGCCCUGCAAACUCUUCUGCAAGGAUGACCAGGUCCUCAUAUGCGUGAUCUGCAACCUAUCCAAGGAGCACCGAGAUCAUCACGUCAUCCCUAUGCAGGAGGCUGCUCAGGAGUAUAAGGGGAAAAUUGAGGUCCAGAUCCAGGCCCUGGAGAAAAAGAGAGAAAACAUUUUGCACCGGGAACAGGCUGAAGAUGAGAAGAAGCAGAAAUUUUUAUCGCAGGUAGGAGUGGAGAAACUCAAUAUCAGGUGUGUUUUUAAGCAAAUGCAGAAGUUCCUUAAGGAAAACGAGCGCCGUUGGUUGGCCCAGCUAGGAGAUAUGGAGAGAGAGAUUGAGAAGACAUGGAAAGAAAAUGUUGCCAGCCUCUCCGAUGAGUCUUUCCGCCUCAACGUGCUCAUCAGCGACAUGCAGCAGAAGAGGCAACAGCCAGCCGGCAAAUUCUUGCAGGACAUAAAAAAUACUCUGAGCAGGUAUCAGGAGGGGCAACUUAGGCCAGUGGUAGAGCUUUCUCCAGGGCCUGAGGAGAGACUCAGAAGUUACUCUCAUAAAAGGCUGGUUCUCAAAAAGGUCAUGGAAGAAAUUGAAGAGUCUUUGGAAGGAGCACUGAGCAAAGAGCCGGCAAAGGAAACGCUGAGCAAAGUGAAUGUGAUUCUGGAUCCCAACACGGCACACCCUUUCCUGGUUCUCUCUGAGGAUCUGACGAGCGUGAGAUGGGAAGACAGAUAUCGGGGCCUGCCCGAGAACCCCGGGAGAUUCGACAGGGAAUUCUGUGUGCUGGGCUGCGAGAGAUUCACGUCGGGGAGACACUGGUGGGAGGUCGGGGUGGAAGAGGAGGAAGGGGCCAUGUGGGCCUUGGGGGUGGCGCGAGUUUCCCUCAGGAGGAAGGGGUGUUUCAGCUUCAGUCCGAAGGAAGGCGUUUGGGCUGUGGGGAAGAGACCGACUGUCUCGCCUUGGCCUUGCCAGCUGUUUGCUUUAACUUCCCCUGAGUGGACUCCUUUGGCCUUGAGCCACGAGCUCAGGAAGAUCCGGGUGUCCCUGGACUAUGAAGAGGGCCAGGUACACUUUUUUGAUGCUGAUUCAAAUGGCUUGCUCUUUGCUUUCUCUUCAGCCUCAUUCUCCGGGGAGAGGCUCCUGCCCUUUUUCCAGGUGGUCUCAGGGGUCACAAUGAAUUGCUGAAUCUUGAGGGGAAUCCUCAUUUACACAUUUAUGGAGCAUUCGUCCUCAUUUGCUUGCGUAAUGUUUACAUGGGGGGGUUGGCUUUAUCUAGUCUUUCCCGAAUAUUCAUUCUGCUUUGCUGUAGACAACAACAACCUUUGUUCUGCAUUCAUUCACGUCCUGGUUGGAAGGGGAACAAAACCCCUUCGCUGAUUAUUCGGAUAAACAUUUUUUCUCUUUUCUUUUUUAAUGUUUAUUUCAGUAAUAAAUUGUACACCACAGUUUACGUUUAAAAACCUUACAAUAUAUACAUUACAAACAAUACAUACAUUGCAAAAAUGCAAAAAUUAUAUCAGUUAAUAAAGUAAGGAGUGUAUGAAAAAGAUAAAACAUUUUAGUCUUAACUGACUUAAUAUUUGCUGUAUUUUUGUCUUUAGACAUUUCACAAGUCACUUUGUGGCUCUUUCGUUUCUUUCUUUUUUUAAUCAAUGGUUUUUUAUUCAUUUUCCACAUUUAAAAGAAAUACUGUAGCCAUUUUUACAAUUUCCACAAUAUUAUAUCACUUUUUCACAUAAUAUACAUAUAUAAAUUUCCAACAUGUCCAUAGCUACUUAGGGGAGGAAGAAGG